CACUGCCGUGACUUUGGGUCUGUCUCUCUCCCUCUGUCUCGCCGCUAGCAGAACCAGACUUUCCCAUCUUCUUGCGCCUAAUCUUUUUGACCAGGGUCUCCGUGAUACUCUCAAGUAACACAAUUUACGCAAUCCAAGCGCUCAUAUAUUUGUCAAAUCUUGAAUAUUUGAAUCAGCGCGAUCUGCAAUUUACUGUACAUCAACUGCUACUUGGUAUGUUACGCAAACCCCUUGUUGGAUUCGAAAAUGUCCGAAUCUUACCUCGAGAAAUUCGAUAUUUAUUAAACACCCAUGUGCUGUACUGCUGUGUAUGCUUGGCUUUACAAAUUAUAUUAAUAUGAGCGUUCAAGUUUGUUUCUGGGCAUUUUAGUAUCAGCUCCAGAUCUGGCAACUGUUUCUGCUGCUGGAACGGUUUCUAUGUUGAAGACCCAUGUCUUUAGAUUUAGAAUGAUGUCGAGUUCUCUGUUCUAAGUAGUAAUUUAGGACUCUGGGUUGCUAGUUCUAAUGGAAGAAGUAGAUAAUGAUCCAAGAUUUUUUAGUCUUUGAAGCUUUUUUCGAUCCGAAAACGCUGUUUGGUGUUAAAGAAGAAAGAACCCAGAAGUUUAACUGUAGUGUACUUGUGGUGUCAAUAUGCAAUCGCGGGCUGUGCCGUUAGAGGAAGGCAAAGAACCUUCGGUUAUAAACAGGACAAACCAAUCUAAAACCCCGCAGCUAAGGCUGCUUCGAAUACUUGUGCCGUUUCUGGCUCUGUGCGUUACCUUUUCUGUUGUUAGUAUGUUCACAAUUCGGUACUUUGGUAUCAAUGGCGUGCCGACAACGGUUAAGUCCACAUUCCAGCCGUGCUAUGAGGAACCGAGGAGUUUGGAGCAAUGGAUUAGACCGCCAUUGAAUUUAAUUCAUACUAUGACUGAUAAGGAACUAUUGUGGAGGGCAUCUUUUGUACCUCGGAUAAAGAAGUAUCCUUUCCAGAGAGUUCCCAAGAUUGCAUUCAUGUUCUUGACUAAGGGGCCAUUGCCACUGGCACCUAUCUGGGAGAGGUUUUUGAAGGGGCAUGAAGAGCUUUACUCGAUAUAUGUUCACUCGCUGCCAUCAUUCCAGGCCGACUUCCUGCCUUCAUCAGUUUUUUACAGGAGACAGAUCCCUAGUCAGGUCUCUGAGUGGGGAAGGAUGAGUAUGUGUGAUGCUGAGAGAAGACUCCUCGCCAAUGCUUUGCUUGAUAUCUCUAAUGAAUGGUUCAUUCUCCUUUCUGAAUCCUGCAUUCCUCUCUAUAAUUUCAGUGUCAUCCGCCACUAUCUAAUGAAAUCCCAGUAUAGCUACAUGGGUGCAUUUGAUGAUCCCGGCAAAUUCGGGAGAGGACGCUAUAACGAGAGCAUGGCACCUGAGGUAAAUAUUACUCAGUGGCGGAAAGGAUCUCAAUGGUUCGAAGUUAACCGGAAGCUUGCCAUCAGUAUUGUGGAAGAUACCAUGUUUUACCUGAAAUUCGAACGGUUUUGUAGACCGGCAUGCUACGUGGACGAGCACUAUUUCCCCACCAUGCUAACCAUUCUAGCAGGGAAUCUCUUAGCAAAUAGAAGCAUUACUUGGGUGGAUUGGUCGAGAGGUGGCCCUCACCCAGCUACUUUUGGGAGAUCAGACAUCACAGAGCAGUUCUUCAAAAGAAUUUUGGAAGGUCACAACUGCACUUACAAUGAUCGAUCCUCUUCAAUUUGUUUCUUAUUUGCAAGAAAAUUUGCUCCAAGUGCCUUGGAACCUCUGUUACAAUUAUCACCAAAAGUUUUGGGCUUCUGACAGUAAAAUCCACAAAGGAACAGAAGGAUAGGUUUUCUUGAGUAUUGUAGGACAAAUUCUUUUGUGUCAUACAUGUUUGAAUGGUAUAAUCAAUUAAAUUCCAUAAAUAAUAUUAUGUCUUUUUUUUUCUCCUCCCGACCUCCUGCAUGCAUUGAGUUCAGUGACCAUUGAUGCCACUGUGUGUAGAACAAUGCUAAAUGUACAGAUACUGGAAAAUUCACUUUUUAGCAUUGUAAUAUUCUUUCUUUGUUGUGUACUGAACAUAGCAUUAUUC